ACAUAGAGAGAGAGUCAAAGGUGUGGUUUUCUGUGGGACGCAAAAGUGCGCAGCUUCCGUCGAUUCACUGCAGACCGAACUCACCAGGCGACGGGCAAAGAAGUGAAGGAACCAGUGGACGGUCUGACACCAAAUUAACUGGCUGGUUUAAUUUGGUUACACCCACGGCUGAGAUGAGCAUGUUCGGCGGUUCUACAUCCAGGCUGGCCUCCAUGGGCCAGCGGAGUAAUUCCCGGCCGGACUUGUCGUCUUCCAGCUUCAGGAACGACAAUGUAUUCAUGGGAGGGAAUGGCUUCCAGACUGGGGAAUACCAAAUGGGGGACGGCGGCUACACCUACACGUCCACCUUCUCCAGGUCGUCCAUGCACGGUGGUGGUGGUGGGGGGGCCGGCGGUCAGAAAAUGCAAGUUAGCAUGGGAGGCGGCGGAGGUGGUGUCAUAAAUGUGCAGACCAUUCAGCAGAAAGUCAUGCAGCUGACAGCCCAGUGUCAUGAAUACCUGCACAGAGCUAAGAUGAUCCUGCAAAGUGGCGGUCAACCUAUUGAGGCAGAAAAGCUCAUGAUGAUGGCAUCAGACCACCUGGAACAGUUGAGGGCAUACGGCAUGGACCUGCAGCAGAUGCGCAUACCAAAUGACGUCUUCAGAAGUGUAGACCAACUCCAGCACAUGCAUGCUGGCAUCCAACAGCAACUGAUCGGAACCAUGACCAUCAGACGCAAUCAAAGCAGUCUGGGCUCCAUGGAGGGAGGGAAAUUCUUUAAUGAUGCCAUGGCUUGGAUCGCUCAGCAAAAGCGCAUGAUUGAGACGGCUCCGUGGGGGGAUGACUCGGCCACCAUCGAAAAACAAAUUCUAAGCCACAACAAAUUCCACAGCACAAUUCAAAGGAGCCAGGAAGUAGACCGUGCCAGGGACGAUCUGAGCAUGAGGGGGGAGAAGUCCAACAUGCACAUCCUUGACCAAGAAUGGGACAGCCUGCAGAAAAUGUCCCACAACCGUGUGGGUCAGCUGCGUGAGCUGCAGGGCAUCAUCGAGGAGAUCUCCCGCGCCAUCAUGUGGGUGAACGAGAGGGAGGAGGAGGAACUGGUCUUUGACUGGGGAGACAAAAACAUCGAACAGUACAUUCCCAGGAAGCAAGAGAGCUACUCUAGGCUGAUGAAGGAGCUGGAGGAGAAGGAGAAAGAGCUAAACAAGCUCAAGGUGAAAACAGACGGCCUCCUGAGUAACAACCAUCCAGCCUCAGAUAAGAUUGAAGCCUACAUGGACACUUUACAGACCCAGUGGAGCUGGCUUCUCCAGAUCACCAAGUGUAUUCACGUUCAUUUGAAGGAGAAUGCAGCUUACAGCCAAUUUUUCAAGGAGGCCAAUGAGACCAAUGAGAAGCUGAGGAAGGACCACGAGAGCAUCCGUACCAAGUUCACAUGCAACAAGAACACCCCGCUGGAAAACCUGACAGAGCUCUUGAAACUCCUAGAGAAAGAGAAAGAACGAAUCAUGGAGAAUAAAAGACAAGUCCAAAGUCUGGUAAACAAGUCCAAGACUAUUGUGAGGCUGAAGCCCCGCAAUCCCGACGAACCAACAGCAACCAACAGUCCUGUCAUGGUCCAGGCCUUGUGUGACUUCAAGCAGGACCAGAAAGGGAUUUUGAAAGGGAACGAAGGCAUACUGAAAGACAACACGCAGCGCAGCAAGUGGCUUGUGACUGGGCCAGGAGGACUGGACAUGUUGAUUCCCUCAGUGUGUUUGCUGAUACCUCCACCAAACCCCCUUAGCAUCGGCCUUGCCAAUAAGAAUGAGCAGUAUUAUGAAGCCAUCAUGGCCAUUUGGAAUCAGCUCUACAUCAACAUCAAGAGUCUCAUGUCAUGGCAGUACUGCCUCAAAGACGUCAACUACAUCAACUCUCUCACCUUCUCUAUGCUGUCUAAGAUGCGUCCUGAGGAGUACCGGAGUAUCAUCAAGAGACUGGAGACCCACUACCAAGAGUUCCUGCGCAACAGUCAAGGAUCUGAUAUUUUUGGGGAAGAAGAUAAGCUCGCCAUCCAGAAUUACUUUGACAAAGCCCAGAACCAUUAUGAUACAUUGGUUAUCCAGCUGACUGGCUACAAUGAAACCAAACAGGAGCCAACCAAACCUGCACCCCCCAAAUUGCCUACCCUCAGUAUCUCACUGCUGAGCAGCCUGCAAGAGAUCAGACGAAGACUAGAGAUAGCAGAGUCUGGACUCACUAGCCAUCUUCACAUUUGCCCGAGGGAAAACAGCCUGCAAGAGUGCUUAGUACACAUUCAAAAUCUGCAAGCUGUGCACCAAGAUCUGGAUUCCAUUCACGAUGAAUACCUGCAUCUAAGAGAAAGGAUUCUCAAGCAACUGGAAGGGAUCCCUGCCGACUCUGAGCAAGCCAGGUUUCUCCGUUCUGAGUUGGAUAUCAUCAGCCAGAAACUGGGAGGUCUGCAGGGUCUCUACUCAGCCUACAUCCAACGAUUGUCAGCGCUGAAGGCCUUACUUCAGAGUCUGCUCCAGGCUGAGGACAUUGUCAAAGUCCACGAGGCUCGACUGACGGAGAAAGAGACCACUUCACUGGACCCGCGAGAGCUUGACAACUAUCAAAGCACAUUGAAGCAAAUGAAGAUCGAAUUGGACCAAAAAAAAGACCUGCUGACUACUAUGGAGUCUGAGCUGGCCAAAGCAGUUCAAUGGAACGAUCAAGUCUCAGAGUCUUUCCACAAGUGCGAUGUCAACUUGUCCAAAUAUGCCGAGCUCGUGUCUCAACUGUCAGACCGCUGGCGCCGCAUCCAAACCCAAAUUGACAACAGAUUGUGGGAUCUGGAGAAGCAUGAGAAGCAGCUGAAACAUUACAAGCAGAGCAGCACUUCCUUGGAACAGUGGAUAAACAAUGCCCGGAAGCGCCAGGAUGGCCUGCAGAGUGUUAAGCUCAGUAACAUCCAGACCGUCAUGGACCACCUUAACCAACAGAAGGCGCUUCACGGUGAAAUUAAAGGGAAGAAGGAGAAAGUGGAGGAUGUCCACAAAGAUGCGGACACCUGCGCUGUUUCCAUAAAGGACUAUGAAAUGCAGCUGGCUUCGUACAGUUCCGGCCUGGAAACGCUUCUGAAUAUUCCUAUCAAGAGAACCAUGCUGCAGUCACCUGCUUCUGUUGUCAGACAGGAGGCUUCUGACCUCCAGUCGCAGUACAUUGAGCUACUGACUCGCUCAAGUGAUUACUACAAGUUUUUAGGAGAGUUGUUGAAGAACAUGGAAGAGUUAAAGAUUAGGAACACCAGAAUUGAGAUGCUGGAGGAGGAACUGAGGCGCCUCAAAGGUGACCUCCAGGAUCGUAACCAGAAAAACAGUGGACUGGAAGAUGCCUUAGCCCGCCUCAAGCUGGAGCUCAGCCAGUCAAAAGACCAGCUCAUCUCUAUGGAGGAAGUGAAGAGAACCACUGCCAUUCAAGUAUCUGCUACCAAGGAUAGCCUAGACAGUACCCACUUGCAAAUUCAAGAGUUGACUGAGCAGCUCAACCGCAUUAAGUAUCAAUUGGAAGAAGAAAAGAGGAAAAAAAGGCUGGCUGAGGAGCGCUACACCAGCCAACAAGAAGAGUAUGAGGCGGCUGUUCGGCGUAGACAGAAAGAACUAGAAGAGCUUAACUGGGCGAAGAUUGAUUUGGAAAAGACUGUGAAGGACAAGGAACGUGAGCUUGAGAGGCUGAAGAUACUGCUGGAGGAGGAGGCGGCACGUCGCCGAAAUGCUGAGUCAGAUAUUUCAAAGGUAAGAACACAGUGCACCCAGGAGAUCAGUCAACUUAAGCAGACAUACGAGACCCAGAUCCACGUCACCAAGACCACUGUCCUGAAGGCCUCGCAACAGAAAGAAGAGGACUCGGCGGAAUUGAGGCGGCAGUAUGAAAAGCUUGCCAGCGAUAAGAGGGAUCUCGAAGAUGAGCUGCGAAGACUGAAACUCUCCAUCUCUCACGCUGAAGAGCAGAAAAACAGAGCAGAGAUGGAAUCCAACCAACAGAAGUCAUCAUUGACUCAAGAGACAAGGAUCCGGAGUGAACUGGAGAUUCAAAUCAGGAAGUUCACACAGCAGAGAGAAGAUGACGAGAUGAAACUAAAGGAUGCCAACAAAAUUAUUCAGGAAAAAGGGAGGCAGAUCAACAUGCUUACACGGGAUCUUGAUGAAGAAGGGAAGAAAAGGAGGGCUCUGGAAUUGCAAAUCAGUAACCUGAAACAAUCUGAGGCAGAUCUAAAGGCAAAGAACGCCUCUUUUUUGGAGACCAUUAACAAGCUUAAAGUGUCUGAGCAGGAGAUCCGCAUCACUCGAGUGGAGCUGGAGAAGCAGACCAGUGAGAAAAACAAGGUUGAGCAGAGUUCUGUGAGGCUACAGAGUCGUAUUCGUGAACUUCAGUGCUCUCUGGAUGCAAUGGGAGCUGAGUUGGAGAAGGAGAAAAAGGCUAGCCAAGAGGAGUUCACACGUAGAAAGAGACUGGAGUCAGAGCUGGAGAGGUUGACGCAAACCUGUAGAGAACACACCACCACCAUUACUAGCCUGAAAUCCGUUCAAGUGGAGGCUUCAAACUCUGGAAGGAAGUAUGAAAAGGAUCUCAGAGGCCUUCAGGAUGCUCUCGACAAGAGCCUGAGGGAGCAUAAACUCACCAAAGAUGAGCUGGCAGCUGUGACAGCAGAGUUGAAGUCAGUGAAACAGAAACUCCAGCAGGAUCAAAUCCAGAUUAUGGAUCUCAAUCAGCGCAAUGAAAGUCUGUACAGAACCAUUGAGGAAAAAAGUCGCCAUCUUAAUGAAUGCACCGUCGAAAUAGAACGUCUCAAGACGCUGACGCAGAACCUGACAAAGGAGAGGCUGAGGUUGGAGGAGGAGCUGAGGGCCCUAAAGCAGGAGAGAGAUAACCUCCUGCUUAGCAGAGAUGCCAUUGAUGGAGAAAACGCCUCUCAAAUCGCAGCCUUGCAUGUCCAGCUUCAGAAUAGCAACAAGAGGACAGCGGAGCUCCAGGCUCUCAUCAAUGACCUGACCAGGGAGAGAGAAAAGCUUAAUGUGGAAAUAGACAAAUUCCAAAAGCAGUCCUAUGAGACAUCCAUCAUGGUGCACGAGUCCCAAAGCAAAUACAGUGAGCUACUGCUGGAGAGGGAUGACUUGCUUUCCAAGCUUAAACUGCUGGACCAGGACAAACACCGUCAGAAGCGGCUCGAGGAGGAGCUCUCCCGUAUCAAACACUCUCUGGAGAUGGAGCUCCGAAACAAACAGCGAUUUGUUGAUGAGAAAAACAGCGUUCUGAAGGAUUUCACCCUUCUGAAGAGCCAAUAUGAGCUGAAGGAGACCCAGCUCAGGCAGUGGGAGUCAGACAGGGCCAAGACUGAUCAGGAUAGGUUAGGUUUAAAGAAGGAAAUCGACAGGUUGAUGCGAGAGCUGAGAAGUGUUGAGGAACGCUACAAGAGCAGGCUGUUGGCCUCUGAGAAGGAGGCAACAGAGCUAGCGCUCAAAAGAGAUGCACUGCAGAGGGAGAUAGAGAGGUUGCAGAGGAGACCGAGCACGUUAAGUAGACAGACACAGACGGAUGUGAAGGUGAUGACAAUCGACCCCUCUAAGCUUGUAUUCGACGGGGUGCGGCGCAAAGUCACAGCCCACCAACUUUGUGACUGCGGUAUCAUCAGUAAGGCAACUCUAGAGCUGCUGCUGCAGGGGAAGAAGACGGUAGACGAGGUCGCCGUUGACAUCCAGGUUAACCUAAAGGGUACAGGUAUUAUUGCCGGCAUGAUGACAGGCUCUCAAGGGAAAAUGCCAUUCACUGAAGCUAAAAGCAAAAACCUCCUCAGCCCAGAGAGCGCACUCAUGCUCCUGGAGGCUCAGGCAGCAACGGGCUACAUAGCAGACCCAGCUUUUAAUGACAAGAUGCCUGUGGACACUGCCUGUUCCAGGGGGAUUGUGGACACAGAAGACAGAGAUGCCUUGGUAAAAGCUGAAGCAGCGAGUGUUGGUUUCAAAGAUCCUUACACGGGUAAAGUAUUAUCUGUGGGCCAGGCUUGCAAACAAGGCCGUGUUGACAAGGAGACAGCGCUGCGUUUGCUGCAGGCUCAGGAGUCUGUUGGCGGCAUAUUGGAUCCUGUUUUGAGUGUCUUCCUGCCAAAAGAUCUGGCUUUGGAUCGCAAUCUUAUUGAUGAGGACCUCUAUAGGGCUUUGAACCGGAAACCCGCCUGCUACCUGGAUCCAGCAACAGGAGAAAAGAUAAGUUAUGGUGACCUUAGAAGGAAGUGUUCAGUGGAACCUGUCUCUGGUUUACUUCUGCUGCAUGGCCCGGAGAAACCCAUGACGGUAAAAGGUCUGCGUGGGCAAGUCUCUUUGACAGAGCUUGUCGAAUCUGAAUUGCUUGAUGAAACUGACUUGCAGAAGCUUAGAGAGGGACAGAUCACUAGCAGAGAUAUCGAGGAGAAGCUGAGGUCUUACCUCUACGGAUCCACCUGUAUUGCAGGUAUCUACGAUGAGGCCAAUGACAGAAUAUGGCCCUUUUAUCAGGCAAUGACGGAAGGUUUGCUGAUGAGGGGAACCACAUUGGAGCUUCUUGAAGCCCAGGCUGCAUCAGGAUUCAUUGUGGACCCAGUCAACAAUGUCUUUUUGACAGUGGAGGAGGCCACAAGGAGAGGCUUGGUAGGGAAGGAAUUUAAGAAUAAGUUGCUAUCUGCAGAAAAGGCAGUCACUGGAUAUAAAGACCCAGCCACAGGAAAGACAAUCUCCCUUUUCCAAGCCAUAGAGAAAGAUAUCAUUGAGAAAGGCCAUGGAAUUCGUCUGCUUGAGGCCCAAAUUGCCAGUGGUGGCAUUAUUGACCCCAAAGAAAGUCACCGUAUCGAUGUCGCUGUUGCUUAUAAAAGAGGAUAUUUUGAUAAGGAGAUGAAUGAGAUCCUCUCCUAUGAAGGCGAUGACACAAAAGGCUUCUUUGACCCUAACACCAAGGAUAACUUGACCUAUCUUCAACUGAAGGAGAGGUGCAUAACCGAUUCCAAGACCGGUCUAAUACUUUUGCCUUUAAAAGACAAGAGCAAAACCCAAUCGCAAGAAAGCCGUAGCAAUGUCCUCCGCAAGAGGCGGGUUGUAAUUGUUGACCCAGACACUGGUCUGGAGAUGUCAGUAAGAGAAGCUUAUCACAAGGAGCUAAUAGACUAUGACACUUUUCUAGACUUGUCAGAACAGGAGUGCGAGUGGGAGGAGAUCACCAUCAAAGGAUCAGAUGGCUCUACACGCUUGGUGAUAGUGGACAGGAAAACAGGGAUCCAGUAUGACAUUCAGGACUGCCUGGAACAUGGUAUCAUUGACCAGAAUACCCUGGAUCAGUAUCGGUCUGGAACACUAACCUUGACCCAGUUUGCUGACCAAAUUACCAGCAAAAGCAGCAGCAGCGACAUGACAAUCACAGCCAGCAAUGUGGACGACAUGGUGACCUGCAGCAGUCCCAUCCAGGCUGCGCCAUCCUCUCCAACAGUCCGUAAACGCUUCAGCAGUAUCUCUAUUACGGUCUCUCCCCCCGAGGUGUUUGAUGACCAGAGCCCGGUGGCGGCCAUCUUUGACACAGAAACAUUGGAGAAGAUAACCAUUCCUGAAGCAGUUAGAAGAGGAAUAGUUGAUAACCUUACAGCACAGAGGCUCCUGGAGGCUCAGGCAUGCACUGGUGGAAUCAUCAACCCUGCAACUGGUGAGAGACUAACCCUGCAGGACGCUGUCCAUCAAUGUGUCCUUGAUGAAGCCAUGGCUAAUAAGCUGAAAGCUGCACAGAAAGCCUAUGCUGGUUUUGAGGAUGUGAAGACCAAGAGAAAGAUGUCUGCAGCAGAGGCAGUGAAGGAGACGUGGCUACCUUAUGAGGCUGGACAGAGGUUUCUUGAGUUCCAGUACUUGACAGGAGGCCUGGUGGAUCCUUGCACUGGACAACGCAUUACCAUUGAAGAGGCCAUCCGCAAAGGUUGGGUAGAUGGCCUUGGCGCCCAGAAGCUUCAGAAUACACGCGGCUACCAGAAGACUCUGACCUGCCCCAAGACCAAGCUGAAAAUAUCCUACAAAGAAGCCAUGGAUAGCUGCAUGGUGGAAGAGAGCAACGGUAUGAAGAUGCUUCAGGCCUCCUCUGUAUCCUCAAAGGGAAUCAGCAGCCCUUACAAUGUCUCCAACCCAGGAUCUAAAUCUGGAUCCAGGGCUGGUUCCAGAAGUGGAUCCAGAAGAGGCAGUGUGGAUUAUUCAUCCACAUACAACUAUACCUUCACAUCCAGCAGUACCAACUAUAGUGCCAGCUCUCAAUCUUAAUGCACACAACUGCUAGACGUGUUAGUACUAGUUCUACGUUUUUAUUAACUUUACAGUUUUAACAUUCUUUAAAAGGUUUAUCUGGUAUAUAUGAAAUUUGGGAUUUUUUAGAACUAAAUGCGAGUUUGUAUCCUGAUGAGUGCUUUAAUCUUGUUUUUUAAUGAAACUUAUGUUCAGUAUACUUCACCCACUUGCAGAAAUGAAUAUACUGUACAUGUAAAAGCAAAUUUUAAUAUGUGGCUUUUUUUAAAGAGUGCUUGUUCACAUUCAUCUUGCUGUUUUUUUUAUAAGAGUUUGUUGUAUCUUAAUGUUUUUUUUUCCCGAUAAAUGAUAUAUGCUACUGUUUUGUUUUGACUUAAAAGUACUGAUCACCUUUAAGAAAAGUUAAAGCUCUGCCAUUAAAUGUUAUUCAAAAGUGAUUAAACAAUAAAGAAAGUUAUUAC